AUGCCUGCCCCAAGCCACCCAGUGCCAAUACCAUGGCAUCCAAAUGCAGAGACCAUUCCUGGCAUGACACCGGGUUGGACGAGGUGCAACACCGAUCAUCGUAGAAAAGUAUCUACAAUGAAGGCCAAUACGGCAAGAUUGUCGCGGAAACGGACCAUCAGCUGCGCGUGGCCUAUGUCAAAUGAAGGAGGAAUCCGAAUUCUGCUCAACGAUCUCACUUCCAUCACCAACAGUCUACACAUCGAUCAUCAAAACUCAACGACAAAACCAACGGUAGACUCACGAAUGGACGUGGGGUCAUCCUCAAGUGGUACUGCUCCGGCUAAAAAGGCAUCCAAAGGAUCCAAGAUCAAGACCACUAAAGCUAAACCCAAUGGGAUAGCAAAAGCCAAACGAACAAAGCCCACGAAGGCGCGAGACAACACAGCGAGCCAGUACGAUAUUGAUGUGGCUAUGUCUUCCUCGUCUGCUGCAGCUCAGGACGAUGCCACCGAAGCCAUGGACUACACGCCCGCUGAUGAUGUCUGA